CGGGGAGACUGGCGGGCGGGGCGGAGCGCGGGCAGCACGGCGGGCAGCAUGGCGGCCGCCACCAUGGCGCGGGCCGGGCUGCGGCAGCUGCUCUGCCGCCGCACGCUGAGGGGCGGGCUGCCGGGGCUUGGCGGCGGGAGGGCGGCAGCGGGCUGGAGCGGCCCGGCGCCCGGAGGAGAGGUGCAGUACUGCGCCGAGCUGGUGCGAAAGCGUGACUAUGAAGGGUUUCUGUGUUCUCUGCUGUUGCCUGCGGAAUCUCGAACCUCUGCUUUUGCCUUGAGAGCCUUCAAUGUGGAACUGGCUCAGAUUAAAGACUCCAUAACUCAGAAGACUACAGGUUUGAUGCGAAUGCAGUUCUGGAGGGAGGCUGUGGAAAAUAUAUACUGUGAUAAUCCACCACAUCAGCCAGUUGCUACGGAACUGUGGAGGGCUGUCAAGAGGCAUAACUUGACUAAAAUGUGGUUCAUGAAGAUCAUUGACGAAAGAGAGAAGAAUUUGGAUGACAGAGCAUACCGUAACAUCCAGGAGCUUGAAACGUAUGCUGAGAACACUCAGAGUGCUCUCUUGUACCUCACCUUGGAAAUGCUGGCAUGGAGUUUCACAAGAGGAUUUCAUAAGAGGCAAGCAAGAGAAAAAUGUGAGAGAUGUAAUAUACGACAUUGCCAGCCAGGCCCAUAUUCAUCUAGAACAUCUGUGAUUGCAACCUGGCUUCGACUGCCCCUUCGUUCAUAUUCACCACGUCUCUCAGGACACCCUCCUGCCUGGCUUUCUUCACUCCCUGUUCUUCGGUCCUGUGAAGAAACACAUUCCUCAGUGUUCCGGGUCAUUUUAGUCCUCCCUCUCUGUAAACAGACUGCUCUGUUUUUUUUGGUGGGAGGUUACUGGGAGCUUUGUACUCAGCAUCUUUUAGGAUCAAGGUUCUGUCUAGUUCUCAAGCCAGUUGCUGUAUCUUACCAUUUUGGUGCUAAAUUCGGCAGAGAGGUCUGGUGAAAAGUUAUUUCCUUCCUGCGCCGGCACCAUGCGGGAUCACCGGGACAUCGAGUGGCUACAGUGAUAUUUUGCUUCCAGGCCACAAGGCCAGUGCUUUGCUUCGGUGUUGAAGUGGAACAAAUCUUGACAACGUGCUUACAAUGAUUGCAUCAAUGCAAGGUCUGAUUUGUAGCCAUGCGAUGCAGUGAAUGGUUGGCACGGUGAGAGGGGACUUAUCAGUGAAUUAGUAAAAGGGAUCUGGAAUAAAUAAGUUGUCGCAAUAGAGUUUUGAGAAAGUAAAGCAGCGCUUUGAAUUGCAAAUGCCAGGAGGCUGCUGGAAUAAGCAAUCUAUGUCUCCUUUGUAGCCUUCAGGGAACAGCUGGCUCUCUUGGAUGGUUAUGCCUGAUUCUGCCCUUAGGGGCAAUGUUGUGAAUGGAGGCAUUAAAUACCUGCCAAACAAGGUAGUCUUAAUUUGUCUGCUUUCACUAGUAUUAUCUCCUUUUAUUUCUCAGUAGCAGUUGGUGCCAUAUAAGAAAUUCUGUUCAACAGUUCUGAUAAUUUAUAAUUCUACAUCUGACAAAAAUUUGUCCUGUUUCUCCUUUUUUUUUUUUUUUUUUUAAUCUGGCAAAGUAUUUUCUUAUUGGUCCCAACCUACUGGUUAUUCAUAUCAGAAAAGCAACUAGCAAAUCUAUUGCUAGCUGCUAAUUACGUGUUUGAAAAUAAUUUCCAUGUCUAGUUAGCCUGGUCCAUGUAAAGCAGCAUUCUAGUGGGUGUCCUCCUCAGUGACCUUACAUUUUUAUAUGUAUUUUAUCUUCAUGGUCUUGCUUUUGGUAAAGCACAGAAUUAUAUCUUCAUCUUUCUCUUCAGAACAGUUCACUGGAGUCUGUUCCCAAGUCUCUUUCCACUUAGACUUGCAGGUUAAAGCUAGCAAAGCAUAAGAAUUAUAUUAGUCCUGUAACAGAUGGCAUUUUGUCCAUGGUAGGUAGGAGCUGCGGGAUCAAAGUCCUGAAUGAAUUGGAACACAUCAGACAUCACUUACCCAGUGAUCUUGCAGGUUAAUUGUUUCCCACUUAGCCAUAUAAUAGUAAAAGCAAACCAAAGAUGAUAUUUAUUUUCAAGGAAAAAUCUUAGUUAUCACUUUUGAGAAGUGCAUCCUGCAGCUUGUCCCUAUUUUCCUCACAGCUAAACCUCUGAAUAUCUGCAUUUUACUUUGGUCCUCUCUUGUCAAAAUGAUCAACAGUACCAGAAAAUGCUUCCCAGACAUAAACAUAGGAACUGCUCUACUGCAGAAGUUGAGGGCUGUGCACUUUUUGUCUUUGUGUUUUUCAAACCCACAUUUGUCUUUAUGUCUUUCAAAGGAAGAUACAAGAGGAACCAUUAAGAUGAUUAUGAACAGAUUGCCAAAGUAGUGAGGAUUUAUUUUUCUUACUGCUCUGAUGCCAGGUUAAGAACUAUAGAUGUUUAGUUAUAAAAAAUAUUUAGAAGGGGACAGAGUGUUAAGCUGAAUGUUCUCAGAACCUGUUGGCCAUUGCAUUUGCUCAUGGCAGUUGUGCAUUCUCAAAACUACAUUUGUCUUUCUAUCUCAAAAUACCUCCAUCUGUUUUUCAGCUUUCAUGAAUCUUGCUCUAAGUCUACACAUUUAAAUGUGACUGACCCUCAACCACUUUGAAUCCAUUGAAGUUGAUCCAGUAAAAAAUUGUGAUAAGUAACAUCCAUAGAUACAUAAAUCAGGACAAAAUAUACAAGAAUUCUUUAUGCUUCAGGCAAUACUUCGUUUGUUAUUUGUCUUUACAGACAGACAACAAUUCACAGAUAAUCAUUCACUGAUUUAUGUUCUCAGCUAAAGCAAAUGGUGUUUAGUAUUCUCCUCCAAAAGGGGCAAGUUGUAUAUUCAGUGGGUUAACUUAUGGCUGGUUUAGAUUCCCUGUUCAGGACAGGCCUCUCUGUAUCUGUCAGAAGGGUGGAAUAGAUGUGCAUUUCUGUUUUGUGGAUAAAAAAGCUGGGAGUCUUUAAAGGAAGAUACUGCUUUUCUUUCUUCAUACUAGAGAAGGGACUUCGGAAACCUUUAAUUGUGCAGUAGUAAGUGGUUGAGGGCUUUUUGUCAAGGCAGCCAUAGAAGACAACUUGUAUGUGGUGGCUACUCCUGUACAACCUGCUGGAAGGUUUAGGAGCAGCUGCCCAAGCGCUGAGGAUUAUUUUGCUCUGUGCGUCUUGGGCUGAGCAUACUGCCUUCUUACUCAGGCUAUUCAAACUUUCUAUUGUAUUAAUCUGAAGACUCCAAAUGAAUUAAAAAUAAAAUCUGCAAAGCUCUAACUGUAAGGCGCUAUCCAGAAGGCUGGAACUUGCCUAAAACCAGAAAUCCUUUUUUUUGUUGUGGUUGUAUAUAACGCACAGAAUCUGCAGCAUAUUUCAAGUUGCAGGUAGGCAGCGUGUGACAAGACAGGAUAUUUGUGUUAGUUCAGCUCUAAUUGAUUUGUCCUUUUAUUACAUUAGCUCAGUUGUAGUUCAUCAGCCUAAACAUAUUUUUUUCUUUAAGCACCUAAUGAAUCGUCAUGCCCACUUAACCUUCAUAUUCACUGACAACUUGCUCUCGUAGGUUGAAAGAUCUGCUUUUCCCAAAUAGCCACAAAUGCACGCUGUCCGUUUGCUUUUCCCUAUGGGCAAUAUCUUAGCAGGAACAAAUAGGGUCAGAUUGGCAUACAGAUCUCUUAUGCAAACAUCCUGAUGAUUUCACUCAGAUAUUCAGUACAGCAUCAUAAAAAGAGGGCCAAAAGGGACCCUGGGAAGUAAUUAAAGUAUCAGUCCAUCUAUGAGCAGAAUCAGCUAUAGCCAUAGCAUCCAGUUACCCAUUUUAUGAACAAAAUGUUAUGCAUAAAUGGAUUCUAUUACGCAUUAAAUAACAGGAUUUUUUUUAUUGUCAGAGAUUUUGAAUUUAUAAUUUAUUCUAGUUUAGGAAGAUGACAGAAAGGACUAAAAAUAAUUUUUGCUUUGUUAUUUAAGAAUUUGCAGCUAUUCUUCAGGAUUAUUUUAAAGCAACAUAAACGAUGUUUUAACUCAUUUGGUUUCCAGUGGAGCAAGGAGGGAAAUACAUUCACAGGUCACAUUCACAGGUCACUCUUGGUCACAUAGUGACUGUCAUCAUGUUUGCUGCCUACUCCUACUUGGUCUUUAAUCUGUGCCAAUGAGAGAGGAGCUGUAACAGGGAGGAGAAAUUUUGUAUGCUGAUUGUAUGGUUUUCUACAUCAGAACCACGGUGCUCUGGAGAAUCAAAGCCAAAAUGCUGAGGCUAGGGUGGGUGGGGAGAUUUUUUAGACUUCUCUCAGCCUAUAGUUAAAAAAAAGAAUCAAACCCCAAACCUCAAAUGCUUUAAAAUUCAGAGCGUGUGUCUAGUUUUGCCAGAGUGUAUCUAAAUGCUAGUCCUUGACGUAUUACUGCAUAUAAUCAGUUAAGGCUGAAGCGUGAAAGCUUAGAUUUUGUAAUUUCACACCUUCUUUAGUUACCCCAGGCAGAGCAAAACAUUGUGGUCUGGGACAUUCAUGCCUAUUUAGAUUGCCAUGCUUAAAUAAGCAUGAAAUUAAAUGAAGAGGAAAGAAAAAUAGUUAAGAUAUAACUCUUGGGCUUCUUCAUUGUCAGAAAAACCAUGGUUCCUUCAACAAAGUCUUUCAUAUGGCAUUCUGGUGUAGAAGUCUUGUCUCUGUUCCAACCAAAACGCCCGAGCAAAAGUUGGCUGCUGUCUUCAGUUGGUACAAAUCUAGAAAUUCCCAGAUUCAGUCAGACUCCCCUAGAUAUUUUCAUUCUAAGUAAAACAAACAAACAAAAACCCAAGCAAAAACAAACCCAAACCAACCAAACAAAACCCCCAAACAAACAAACCAAACGGUAAAAAACAACCCAAGACCUGCCCACCACUCCCAACCCAAACUCCAUGGGAGGGCUGGGCCAGUGGUGGACACAUGUAGGGGGCUCCACAAUGGAUGCCAUUUUGGGGAAUGAGAGGUCUGAGCUGUAGCUGCAGAAGUCAUGAAAUCUGGCUGCCUGUCACAGUGCAAGUGGUUACUCCCCAACAGCUGCCACUGAUCUUUACAGAGCCCUGUCUUCUAAGUCACAGUAUCACAGUAUGUUUGGGAUUGGAAGGGACCUCAAAAGAUCAUCUAGUCCAAUCCCCCUGCUGGAGCAGGAACGCCUAGGGGAGGUCGCACAGGAACAUGUCCAGGCAGGUUUUGAAUGUCUCCAGAGAAGGAGACUCCACAACCUCCAAGUCCUGGAGGUACCUGCAGCCGUUUCUGGCAGGCUCCAAGCUGGCCAAGUAUGGGGAGUUUGAUGUUUCUCUCAUGACCACGUCAUACAGGCUGUGGAUAUACGGUGUCCUUCUCCCGAGGCCUCCUGAGCACCUCAGCAAACCAUGGGCAUAGCAUCAUGGCUGGGCUUGCCCAGAACACGAAUUUGGCUGAAGGUCUUUAUGGGCACCGCAGGAACAGAGACCCCAACCCAGCUUCCCUCUAGCCUGUAGCACUUUCAAGGCUUCAUCAUGCAGAAGAUGCCUUGUCCACCAGGACAUAGAUAACCUGAAGCUAUCAGAGGUAUAAACAGGUUGCUCCGUGGGACUCGGCUUUUUCCAUAGGGGUUAUUCCAUGAUGCAGCACAGGAUUCAAGAUGCAUUUGGAAAGAGGUGAGAGGGACCGUGACUGUAUGGGCACAGUGGUUGUAUUUGUCACCUCUGAGAGGAGAGCAACGAGCUCUGGUGCCCACUCCUGAGACCAAGAACUAGGUGUUUAUGUGCUUUGAGAUCUGGAUUUGGGCCUCAGCCCGCUGGGAGCUUCAUUGCAAACCCUUCCUGGAGGAAUGGAGGUCUGAGAGUCCUUCCCUGCCAGCCCACGGUCAGACACUGUAAUUGCCCAGAAACCCCUAGAGAUCCAAAUGCAGUGUAACGUCUGUUUGUCAUCUUCCAACGUCAGGAGGUGUAAAAGCACCCUGAAGAUUUGUCCAUCCACACUUUCUUAAUUGAGCUAUUGCUCGUUACUGCCCCAGCUGAACACAGUUCACCCCCUUUAAACCAUUACUCUGACCAGGACAGUUCAAGGAUGGAAUUCCAAAUUUCAGCAAAUGGUUUAUUCAGAAAUGAACACAUGGGACUGAACUGCCUUAGUGUUUUGUAGAACCCUCCACAAAGCCAGAUUAAUAUGAUUUGCAUAUUUAACAAAUCCUGUAGUCUAAACUUUUAGAAAGAUAAUAAGCUUUCAACUGCAAAAAUGCUAUUCCUUUAUGGCACUUGGAAAGCCAAAAAGUACAAAGCUUAGCACCUAUUUAAGUUUUUGCCUUAAAAAAUAAAAAAAUCUAUUUUAUCUGAUUAAUUUCUAAUAAGGGGUAGAAAAUAAUAUUUUGCUUUCAACAGUGCAAGUUUAGAAUUCAGCAUUACAGAUUGUUCAAUCAAGGCUAAAGUUAAAAAUGACAUGAAUAUUUGCAAGGACAGAACAAGACACGCUGAUCCCUCAGGAACAAAGAGGGAUUUCUGGUUCAACUUGUGAGCCCUUUCAUGUCAGGCUGUUGGCUAGCAGCUUGGCUGUGGAAACUGAGGAAGAAGGAUGCUAUUUGGAAGAGAACUAAGUUUCUGCAAUGAAAAUGGGAUGAACACCAAAUGAAUGAAAAGUUAUUCUAUGUUUAUAUGGAUUUCUACUAUAAACAUUUUUAGGGACAGGCCUCGCUUGUUGUGGUUGCUUCUUUGCCAAAUUCUUUCAUACUUUAGGUGUACAAUGAGUGCAGCCUCUUGGUUAUGAUCAGUUCUUGUCAUACGAAAACUCAGAUCACAAAUGAUGGAUUUUGUUAGUUUUCCCUCAUCCAACCAGAAAUUGCUCUCAAGUUCCAAAGAGAUUUUGAGUAUACAGAUAGUGAGCAGAAAUCCUUACUGUGUCAAAACCAGCGAUCCAUUUCUGUCAGUGUGAGAGAAGCAAUCCAUCAGGAAAUGAGCUAUAUCAAUUUGCAGUUUAGUGUUUAAGGCAGGUUAAAAUGUUAAGCUCUGGUUACAGUUGUACGUGGACUGGGUUCAGCCAAAAACAGAGGGAAAAAGUACAGACAUCCAUCUGAAUUAAAGUUCACGGCUUGGGGCUAAAUUUACAGAACAAGUUUAGGCAAUUUUAACCCAGAGAAGUUUGGAAUCAGCCUGUGGUCUUGAAUUUAAGUCCCCAGGUUUAGUUUCUAUCGUACAUGUACAGAUACUGGCUCUCACAAUAAUCUAUCUGUGCAAGCUCUUCAUUUUAAUGCAACUCUCAAAACCUUCACAACAAAUUUUUUAGAAGAUACUAACAGCCAAAUAUUCAUGUUACUAACAUAAGCUUGACAAAAUAUUUUAAAAUGAUAUAAAAUUACAGAUGGCCCUGUUUUAUGGGACAUGUUGUUUGUAAUACAUGAGACAGACAAAUGUGCUUUUUUUACAGGAAAAAAAAUAUGCCCAUGCAUUUACAUGUUUUUAUUUUAAAAGGGAAAUGCUUAAAGCCAAGUACCAAAUUAUGUUCUUUUGACUGCCUCUUCUCAUUAAUGUUAUAUGGAAAAUAAGAACCACAAUAUAUCAAUUUCACGAGCAUUAAAUGCAAUUUGAUAAAAAUAGUGUGAGAAUAUUUCUCACUCGGCUAUUUCCAUUGCAACUGUGGUCUGUUGGCUACUAACAAUGGGUUUUUUUUUCCCUAUGCUGAGAGUAAAAUUCUAAUGCACGUUGACCCAACUGAAGGUAAAACACUUGAGUUCUGUUUAGAGAACCGAGAUGUUCAGAAAUGAUUAACAGCAAGUUUCCGCGGGUCAUCUUUGGCUCUAGUUGGCUGCUUAGUUGGCUGUGGUGGGUUUGCCAAGAACUGACUGCUCAAAGGUGCCAUAAUUUUCUGAAUACAAACUAUACUUUUAGGUGUGAUGGAUCCUAUAGAAUGAAUAGAAAUAGAUGGCAGUACAAAUUUAGUAAUGUGUAUUUAUAGAUUAUAUAUAUAUUAUUUUUUAAAAAAUAAUUAACUGAAUAAUUCAAUCAUUGAAUUAUGAAUUUUAAAAGAAUUAAUAAGUUGACACGUUAUGAAGGUGAAAAAAGGAAAUAGAUAAAUUUAGGCAUUCCUUAUCAGCUGGUGUCUACUAAGGAACUUAUUAAUUGCAUCCUCUGUCAUAUGAAGCCCACAUUCCUUCCUCCCCACUACCCAAAAGAACACUUAUUAGAUGCUAAAUUAACGAGGUAAGUAUAUAAUUGCUCUGUUUGUUUUUUUCCUUAAGCCUCCACUAGUGGUCACUGUUAGGGACGGGGCACAAAGUCAAAUGGCCAUCAAACACCACUUCUUAUGGCUGCUUUUGGGUUUCAAGAACAGGGUGGCAUAUUUUGAACAUUACAGAACUUUUUCUUCUAUUUUUGUCUAGAACAAAAUGACCAGAUCCCCAAAAGAAGUUAGGAAGUGAUAAGAGUGAUAAAGAAAACUCACAUAUUUUGCAGAAACUAUUCAAACCACUAAAGUUUUUGACAGGCAACUUAUAUGGGUCUACAUCAGGGUUUAAAAAGCUACCACAACAUUGUUUAGAGAAAGAAAAGGCAUUAAUAAAAUGGUGUUUUUCAUGCACACUCAGUUUUCUAGCUGUUGCUUGCUUUCUGCGUGGAAUCCAAAUGGCUUGCCGUGGGUUUCUUGUUUUGGCGGGAGAUUUGCUCUCCUUCACCAGGUGCUUUCUCCUUAGCACACCUCGUGGGCUCUUUAUCAGGGUCCGUUGGGAGGGCUCAGAUCUGUUACUUGCAGAAGGGAUGUGGGUUCA